UGAUAAAAGUUCUCUAAUUUGGAUGCAUUAAUUUUUUAGGUAAUUAGAAUAACAGUGCAUUUUGAGGAAUAUUCAGAUGGAGGCAAAAGUGCAAACUGCAGAAUAGGUACUUUCUUUUCAUCCUUUUUACAUUGUUCUUUGUUGCCUGUAAAUGCACAAUAGCAUAUAUCCUUCGAAUCACCUUGAUAAUGGUAGGGGUUUAUAUAUUAACACCUAUGUUUCUCAGACUCUCCCAAAAAUGUUGUUGAACCCAUGUCGGAUCCUUCAAAACUGUCCUACCUUUGGAAGAUUCGACAAGCACAUGUCAAACGUUUUUGAAGAGUCUUGACCAACAUAGAUAUUAACUAUGUGGAACAAAAUGGUUUAUGUUUAAUCAUACAAUAAGAGGAUGGAAAACCAUGAAUGCCACCACUUGCUUUUUUAUCAGUAUCAAUUUUCUCACAGGUCCUUGGCUUUUUUUUUCCACACUAGGAUGCUGCAUUGUGAGGUCGAGGUUUCAAAGGGUCUCUGCUUUUGAUCAGUUUUUCUUGGUAAGUGCUCGAAUUUAACAGUUGUUAAAACAUAAAAGGAAAUAAGCAAUGUGAGAUUCUAUACUAAACCUCUCUGUAUCUCAUGAUAUAUCUGCAGUGGUACUAGUUUCAUUGCUCUAACUCAAAAUGGCUGAGAUGGUUGUUGGCAUACCUGCACAUCUGGAGAGAAUUGAGCGUGAUGCUCGCUUUUUGAGAAGGAACUCAACUGGCAGCCUUGGCUUUCAAAUUGCUAAAUCCAAGGUCUUGUCACGUUACCUGAGCGAUCCAAAAGGUUCUUGCCAUGACGCUUGCAAAGGUGCUGAACGUGAUGAUCAAACAACAAUAGCAAGGACUUCCCUGUUGAGUAGAACAGUAGCAGCAUCAGAAAAAAUACCAGAACUGGCUACAACUGUACAGGUGCAGAUACGGAAGAAACCACUACGCUCGAGUAAGCUACCUGUGAAUUUCAAGAGGCGUACAACUGGUAAAUCCCAGAGACAGGAGAUCCCAGCAUACACCAAAAGAUUAGCUGUUUCUGUAAAACAACGGAACGGUUUGAAGAUGAAGUCGGUGCAAGAAAAUGCUAAUUCUAUGUCCGGAAUCUUUAAGCUGAGGAUAAGAGGAUACAGUGACACUAUCAUACCAGGGGGAUCAUCAAUUGCUCAGGAUUCUCCGUUGGAUGGUGCAACCGGCACACCAAACAAAGGAAGCAGGAUGGACAAGAACACUGGGUCUUCUAAGUUGGGCAACAAGAAGGCUGUCAGAAAACCUGUAAACUUGGAGAAAAUUGAGCAUGAACUCAGUUAUUUGAGAAGGAACUCAACUGGCAAUUUAGGUAUUGAAAUGGGUGACUCCAAGGUCUUGCCACGUCAUGUGAGUGUUCCAACAGGUUCUUCUGACGCUAACAAAGAUGGUGUGGAACUCAACUGUAAAACAAAGGCGAGGACUCACAUGUCCAAAACAUCUGUAACUUCAUCAGGAGAAAAUUCAAAAUUGGCUACAACUGUGAAGUGGCAGAUACGGAAGAAACCACUACACUCAACUAAACUACCUGCAAAUUUCAGAAGGCAGAAAACUUCUCAUGGAAAGGAAAUGCAAGCAUGCACCAAAAGAUUAGCCGUUUCUGCAAGGCAUCGAAGUGAUUUGAAGCUGAAACCUCUUGGAGAAAAUGAUUAUUCUGUGUCAAGAAGCAACAAACUAAGCAGAAGAAGAUACAGUGACAGUCUUAUGACAGGGGUUUCGCUAACACUUAAGGGGUCUAUAUUGGAUGAUGCGACCACCAAAACAAACACAGGAAGCAGGAUGGAUAAAGACACUGCAUCUUAUGAGUUGAGCAAGAAAACGGAUGUUGGCAUGCCAGUGAACCUGGACAAAAUUGAGUCCGGAGUCGGCUAUUUGAGAAGGAACUCAACUGGAAGCUCAGGUAUUGAAAUAGGUGAAUCCAAGGUCUUGUCAUGUUCUCCAAGUGUUCCAACAGGUUCUCGCCAAGAAGUUCGCAAAUACACAGUUGCAAGUGAUCUUAAAAAGAAGGUGAGGACUCUCCAGCGCACAAGACCUGUAGCAGCAUCAGGAGAAAUCCCAGAAAUGGCUAGAACUAUGAAGUUGCAGAUAGGGAAGAAACCAUUAAGCUCAACCAAGCUCCCAAAUUUCAAGAGCCAGACAACUUUUCGAACCCAGGGAAAGAAAAUCCCAGCAUCCACCAAAAUAGCUGUCGAAAAAGGAUCCUCCGGGUUGAGCAAGAAGAAGGAUGCCAUAACUAUUUCCCACUCUACAAGAAUUUCUGUGAAGAGGGUAUCAGGCAAAAAGUUAAAUAACAAUUCCCCCGGAAUGGUAUCUCAACGCAAUAAGCAGAUUAGUCUUCCUGGUAAAACAGGCAAAGUGAUUCGUAAAGAUGAUCCAGACAAGGUAUCUCAUAUGAAUAAUUUGACUAGCCUUGCACGAACGAAGAAAGUGCAACCAAAUCAUCAAAGCUUUCCAAACAAAGCAUCUCAACUUAGAAAAUCGGCUAGUCUUAAACGAGGCAAGAUGGAGCUAGGAAGUAACAGGAGUGUUCCAAAGGGGACAUUGUCCAUCAGAGAAUCAAAGACAAAAAUCCAGACCAUACAGAUCUCUCUGGAAAAUCGGAAGAGAGUCUCGCCUUUAGAUAGGCAUGGCCCAAUAAGAGGAAAGAAACCGUCACCCCAUCUCUCCCCAUCAUCUUCUCUACAUUCUGAUGGCAGUAGCUCCAGAAAACAUGGCAACAGGAAAGCCUCCCUAUCAUCAACUUCCGCAUGCGAGUCUGUUAAUGGUGAUGCAAUAUUCAGCAGUUCCAAGAAAAGUGGAACCACAUGCCCAAACCAAGAUAUAAAAGCUGGAAGGGCUGCAAUUUGCAGUCCUAAAAAUCUCAUGUUCAGGAGAGGAAAAAUAAUUGAUUAUCAGUCUGAGAAACUCAGCCCAAGGAGACUAAAAUUCAGGCCGCCCAAAAUACUAGAGAACAACGGGAAUGGAAGUGAUCUUGUUAGAGGAAGAAGCUCUAGGAGAUUUAUUGCUUAUGGAAAGUCAAAUGCUGCCAAAGAUGAAACUAUGAGAGUUAAUCUUCGACACCAAUCUAGACGAGACAAAAAAGAGGCUCCAAUCUUAUUCAACAAUGUGAUCGAAGAGACUGCAACCAAGCUUGAGGAGACCCGGAGAAGCAAGGUCCAGGCUUUGGUGGGUGCUUUUGAAACUGUAAUCUCCCUUCAGGAUCCAACAUCCACACCGCCAAUUAUUUCCAGAUGAUAACUAUGUGCUUUGACAGAAAGAAUCUGUAAAUAUAUUAAUAGAUAAAUUGAGUUACAUAACUGAAGCAGUAGGUGCAGGAUUUCAAGCACUACUCUUUCUGAAUAUAUAUAUAUAUACUUCCUAACUGAUUCUAUAUACUCCGUAAAUGUCAUUGUACGAGUGUAGUAGUGUAGUUGUAAGUUAUUUUUGUACUGUGACAUAACAUUUUACACUUCUGCACAUUAAUCAUACUUGUGUAUUCUCUGUCUUA